AUGCCGUCUUUCUACAACCCUGGCCUUCACGGCCUACCUCCUACUCCUCCCCAUCUGCAUGGGAACGGUAAAAUGGAACUAGACCCUCCAUUCUUCGUUACUGGUCAUACCUCCUUCCCUCCACGAUACCCCCAAACUGGCUGUGAAUUCAUCGAACAGUAUUCCCAGGCAGCUUCCUUUGUCAAGUCGGCGUCGGUCAAUUCUCACCAGAUGAUGCCGUCCGUUCGAGGCGGUCGCGACUAUGCUGCAGCGCUUCAUCAGCAGCAGCAGCAGCAGCAGCACAGUCUGGCUCAGUCGCAGUUGGGAGGACCUCAGUCUAUCUAUGGAGCAGUGUCGACUAACGUGCCAACUUUACCGCCCAUUCGAUCGAGCAUGCACCUACCAGCCAAUUCCGAUACCGCGAUUCCACCCCAAUACCGUCGUCACGAUGUCCACAUUCCGGCAGAAACCCGCGUGAAGGAGGAAAAGCCUACUGGUGGAGUUGCUGCUCACCUCGAUUACGAGAUGGAUCAAAUGUCCGAUUUCGUUGCCGAAACGGCCCAGGGAAUCGUCUACCCAGGACAGACAAUUGUGCCACCGCCAUUCCGAAAAUACGUUCACCAAAUUCUUUCCUCGACGCGUCUCCCCAGUUCCACCAUUUUGCUCGGUCUCUUCUACUUGGCUACCCGAAUGCGUAUGCUCUCUGCUAAGGGGAUUUAUGCGACUGGUACUGGACAGGUAUACAGAAUGCUGACCACGGCUCUGUUGUUGGGUAGUAAGUUCUUGGAUGACAACACUUUCCAGAACCGUUCGUGGGCCGAGGUCAGCAACAUCUCUGUGUCUGAACUUAACACCAUGGAACUGGACUGGUUGUUUGCUUUCGAGUGGAAAAUCCAUGAACGUAUUCACAACAAGAAAGAUGGGUUCGGUGUUUGGUUGGCCCGCUGGGAAAGCUACCGGGCGACCAUGGCCUCGCGAAACGAAGCACGUCAGAAGCUAUCACCGAUUGACACGAACAUCACAAGGCAACUCACCGUUCCCAAACCGCUUAUGUCUCCCGACGGUCCCAUCCCACCACAGUAUCAGCGAAGCAACACGUACGAGAACACUUGGUUGAACCCGACUGCAUGUGAAUAUUCUCCUCCGUCUGCUCCCCACAGUGGUCCCAACACACCGGACUACUACAAUGGCGGAACGUGGAUGUACACUAACCCUCCACCUCCGUAUACGCGUACUUGGGGCUCACAAGCGGAGUACACCUAUUCUCACCCUCCCCGUUCGCAGCCACCAUCUUACCAUCAUACGCCAGUGUACACUGCGCCUGUCAGCCAUUCUGUGUGGACUGGCCACGGCUCAUCCUGCGGCUGCACUUACUGCCUGAAGCAUCAUGAACAUUAUUUCAGCUGUCACACUUUUGGAGCCCUUCAACCAAUGGUUGCUGGCUGAUUUGCAUAUUCAGCGUCUCCGACGUUUCAAAAAUUUUCUGUUGGACAUUCUUCUCUUCGUUUCUGAUUUUUAUUGAUUUGGUUUACUCAUUUCCAAUGUGCACUUUGAAUGAUUCGACUCGAAGCUUCGACGACGACUCUACCACUUACGUCAAUUGUUUUUCUGAUUUGUCUUUUUUCGAGCAUGUGUCUCUAAAAGUGCUUGGGAUUAUUUCUAUAUUACGAUUCAUUUUCUUACAGUCAUUGCCGGCAACUCGCCGCACUGAACAGCGGCACCUCGGCUUUUUCUUUAUUUCAUCUGUCUGCUCUUUGGAGCUUUGUUGCGCGCCCCCCUUUUCGAUUCGAAAGUCGUCCAGAGCGCCAAAAGUUUCGCCAAAAGAAUUUCACGGCUUACGACGUUUUUCUUCUUACUAGUACCCCUUUGAUGGAUUGGUUUGUUUUUCACCUUUGAAUCUAUUGCAUGUUGAUUGGCGAAUAUUACCCAUAGAACUCGUUGUGAUUUUUGUUUCCUCUUCUGAAUUAUCUUCGGAAUGAGAUGUUUGUAAUUUUCAUCUUUCGAUCUGAUUUUUCGAUUCCAAUCUCGAACAAAUUGAGUUCACAAAGCGUCCAUGUCUUUGAUUUAUCAUGUGAGAUUCCGUGUUCUUCACUUCUGAUCUUUUUGUUUUUCAAUUAUCAGUCUUACCAGAAGAAACACCUUCCAAAAAAAGGCAUUGAUCAUGUUUUUUAGUUCACUUCAUGUCCCUUGCAACCACCUUUUCUUUGCAAAAUGGCAAAAUGGCAAAAAAAAAAACCUUUCAAUGGGAAGAAACGGGACUUUUCUUUUAUUCACAAAGACUUUUCAAUUCUUGAGACAAACAUAUUUAGCAUUGCUUGAUUAUUUUUGUCUAAGCGUUGCAAUCAAACAUAAAGCGAUUAUUUCCUUGUGAUAUUUUCCUUCCUUUCCUUGGUAAUGAAUGACAGAUUAUGGGAGUUUGCCCCCGUGGCUCUUUUUUGACACAUUUUCAGUGUGGCAUUAAUCAAGUUUCAAGUCAUGCUGCCUAUGAUGAUUAGUGGUAUGUAUCAUUGAUAGAUGUCUCUAACAUAUUGACUACAAGUCUAUUGAAAUGAAAUAGAUGAAAAAAAUCAUAA